AUGGGAAGUCGGUCUUUUAGCGGUACUACUACAUGUCGCCGAUCCGUCCAGCUGGCACUCGAGAAAUUUCAACAACCAACAGCGCUCUCAGUCGAAUCACCACAGUCUGUUUCCCCAUCCUCGGAAGUUUCCCCGCCCUCCGUUUCCCCAUGGGCGCAACGGAUCCCGCGGCCGCCAUACCGCCGAGACGCAAUAGGAGCGGACUUAUCCCCGGAAAGAUCCGCAGCUGCGGCUGUGGCGGGCGCGGAGUAUUCGUUCCGAGACAGUCAGACGAGUCCAACUCGGCGCGCAGCGGCGCCCGGCGGAGGCCCGAGGAUGAUUACGCGGCGUCGAACGAGCCCGCGGAGUACGGCGCGCGAGGCGUCGCCCAGCGGCAGCGGUGCGAAAGCAGUCGCGUUUUUCCUGGGGGAACCCGCCGCGACAGGCCCGACGGUCAUGCGGCGGGCAAAAACGCUUCCGCUCAGAGGGGAAGCCGGAGCUGGCGGUCUGUUAUGCGCGGAGGUCCCGUCCCCGCCCGCCUACCCCAAGCCCGCGCAGCCCUCCCCGCGCACGCAGCGCAUCCUGCAGUCGCUGUCGGACUUUCGCGGCCAGCCCUACUCGCCGCCGGCGGCAGCAGCGUCGCGGAGUACUUCUACAGCUGGCGGCGCGGCUGCGGGCGGCGGUGAUGUGGGAGGAAAUGGAAAGGACGCUGCGCGUCCAAACGCUGCUGUUUCCGCGGGCAGGGGGGAACACUGUUGCAUGGGAUACAAAACUGCGCACGCUUCUACUGACUGCCCGCGCUCCGAGUACAGCUGCCCGCGAUCCAAUCUCUGCCGCGAGGCCCACGCGCAGCAGCAGCGGCUUCGCAUCACAGCCCAGGAGAUGAGAUAUCGCGAACAGCAACAACAGUCCCAGUCCCAGUCGCAGUCGCAGGCGCAGGCGCAGCAGGUGUAUCUCCAGCUACAGGGGCCGCCCGGGCGAAGCAUUGCGAUGAUUACGACGCGCGCGGGCGGCGUAGCGCCGUCAUCCGACGGCCAUGAUCACUACGGGCUUGAUCCGGGCCGCCACCAGCAGUACUAUUCUCGGCCUGUGGCCGCUGCAGCCGGCGCGCCGCGGUGUGGCCGUCACGAGGCGCACUCCGCCGGACGCGCCCCUCCUUAUAAUGACUCCGCCUCGAACGCAAAUCCGUUGGGUGAUGACGCGGCGCGGGUUCAAUGCCACGCGGUCUCGCCGCGGUUCUACACGCCUAUCCGUCCUCUCAGCCUGGCAGGCGACUCGCGGGGGCGCGCGCACGUCGAAGGCGCGAGCCCGGUUUCUCCCGUGUCGCUGGUCGCGCAGCGCCUGGAGGUGUGGUUCGAGGAGGCCACGUCAGCAGGGUCGUGGCCGCAUUCCCGCCACAGCUCAUCCCGCGCAUCAGUCGCGUCAGCAGGAUCAUGA